GUCUAUUUUUUAUCUGUUAAAAAUAUUUAAAAAAAAAAUGAAAAAUGCCAAAAUGGCUGAACAAAAGUUUGCUUUGUAAAAUUUUGUGGACGUGCACUUUGUCAGAACUAAAGGGAGCUUUUUAUGUGAUAUUUAAAUAAUUCACUUAACAUGGAAUAGGGUACCGUUAGCUAAUAUAUUAUACUCCUUGUAACUAGUGACUUUUACAAUGAGCGACGUCGCUAUCGCUAACACUGAUAUGACUGAAGUGUCUGAGAAGCCGGUUCCAGAAAAAGAGGAAAUUAAAUUCCCGCCCUUCCCUGAUCCAAAGGAUGAGGACUUUGAUGAAGAUAUAGUGGAGGAAGAGAGAAAUCACUAUAAGACACUCUACAAAGAUUUAAACUAUAUCACAAGUAAGAAACUGCAUUGUUCUGCUUGUGACCGGCACCUAGGGUGCUCUGCACGAAAUGAUAACCGUAUGCGUGUGCAUCCUAUGCUCAGGACAUUAGUUUGUCAAACGUGUCAUACGUUCUACAACAGUGGAGAGUUUGAGAAAGGUGAUGAUGGCUCGGAGCUGUACUGUCGGUGGUGUGGCCAGGGUGGACAGGUUUACUGUUGCUCUGAUUGCCCUCAUGUAUUUUGUGCGAAAUGUAUCAAAAGGAAUCUGGGUACUUCCAAAAUUAAGGAAAUAGAAGAGUUAGAUGACUGGAAAUGUUUCAAAUGUAAUAAUAAAUGUUUGUGGGAUCUUCGUGCACUAUGCUGGGCCGUCAUCCGAUACUGUGACUUGAAGAACAAAAUAACAUAUGAAGUUGAGGAUCCGGUGUUAAAGGAAGUGUGUCAAAGAAGCUGCGCUCAAGAUUUUUCAGAAUGUUGUAAGAAUAAGAUUAAGAGGAGGGAGAAGCAAGAGGCAAAGAAGAAAGACACAAAUGCUACAAAAGCUGCAGCUAAUAUUUGUAAAAUACCACCAACAAUACAGGUGAAAAAGUUUGCUUCAAUUAGUAUGGAGGAACCGACAAAACAAGAAAAGAAAGCCCAGAAACGGCCAGCGAGUCCCAGAAACAAAGUGAUUGUGAAAAAUCAAAUGUCAAUACCAAACAAGUUGAUCAGCCACUUGACUUUGCCUUCAAUGCCAAAAAAAAUCAGAAUGCCCACUUCUCCUGUAAUUAAUCCUGUAAGAUUUAACAAUGAUAGAAAACUCACUCCGAACUUUUCCUGCUACUCAAGGAUACGGCCCAAACCACCACAGAUGCCUAUCAUGUAUAAUGGUUUCAAUACUUCUUCUCCAGCAUUUUGUGAUAAUAUAAAUUUGUCACUGGAAAGUCUGACACAGGGUUUGGAUAUGUCGGCAAUGGCAGCACUCGCCGGCCCCGGCUCUUCUCAAGAUGAUGAUGUUGUAUGCACUCCUGAUUUCCCUCUGGAACCUUUAUGUGAGGUGACGGAGGACCCCGGCGACGACGACGUGCAGUGCAUCACGCCGGGCCCCGUGGCCGCGCCCAAGCCCGUGCCCGCGCCCGCGCGCGCGCUGCCCGACCUCAGCCCCGACAACAUCAUCCAGAUGACCGACAACGACGUGACCGUCAACGCGUCCACCGGCGGCCUCAAGUUCCGCGUCGACCCGCAGACGCUGUCCUCCAACAAGAUGUACCGCCUGCCCGACGGCCGCAUCUUCGCCAUCAACGCCAACCCGCUCAUGCCCGGCGGCUACUCCGCCACCAUCGUGGCCGUCACGGACAGCGGCCUGAGCAAGGCGCCGGCCAAGGGCGCCACGUUCGCCGCCAAGCUGAGCGCCGUGCCGUCCAACUCCACGCCGCCGCCGCUCAGGGCCCGCAACCAGGCGAGCCGCGCCCCGAGGCGCAGCACGCCCAAGUCGGCCAAAGCUACCCGCGCCGCAAAGACCUCUGCGGAGACGCCCGCGCGCGUCUGCGAUUUGGACGUGCCCGUCGAGUGGUAUCGGUACAAUCUCGUCGACGCCAUCGACGCUCUCGAGUACUCUCUGUCGCGGUUACAUCAGCUGAAGAAGGACGCGACCACGAUGCACCUGCGGACGCGCUCCCUCAACGAGAUGCGUCUGUUGCAUCGCUCCUUAGAGCGCUCCUUGACCACGUCGAUGACCAGAUUUAAAGAGAUACGAGACAACUUGAACAAGGAGUACAAACAGUAUGUCACGAAGAAAACUGCCGCCCCCAGCGUCACCAACAGCGACGACGACGACGACGAUGUCGAAAUACUGCCGGAGGAUGCCAACGACGACCCGAUUUAUAUAGAUGAAAACUCUAUGGAAUCUACCCAGAAUGACAACCAGGAAGUGGACUUGACAGCCGCCGGCAGCAGUGACUUCAAUGACAGUGGUGACAAAUCUCCGGGCAAAAAUGAGCCCGCUAAGGAUCCGCUGAGCUCAGGUCCGGAAUUGUGCCAAAAGGAAGAAGAUAAUGAGUGUAACACUUUAGAUGAUACAGAAAAUGGUGCUCGAGAUAAUGGACAUUUAGAAGAAGAAAAUGUUCCACAAAUAGACUCCAAGAGUAGAAAUGAUGACAAAAACAUUGUAGAUGAAACUGGAGCAACAUCUAAAGAAAAUGAAAAUAGUCAAGAAGAGCCUCAAAAAGAGCGCGAGAUGGAAAAUGAAAUCUCUGAAAGUGAUAUGAAUGGGCGAACCGAAAAGUCUAAUGAUGUAAAUGAUACUGAGAAAAUUGAUAAAUUAGAUGAAGAAAAUAUUUUAAACGAAAAUUCGGAUAGUGAAAAAAAGAUAAUGGAUGCAGAGAUGAGUGAUGAAAUGAUUGAAGAUUUGUUGAAAGAUGAUAAUGCUGGCAAUGGUGAUGACGUGGUUGCGAACAGUGAUGAAGUGGUUGGCAACGAUGAUGACAUGUCUGGCAACGAUGACGACGCAACUGGCGUUGGCGAUGACGCGGCUGUCAAUGGUGAUGACCCAGCCGGUGUUGGUGAUUCCGCGGCUGGCAAGGGCGAUGACGCUGCCGGCAAUGGUGAUGACACUGUUCAUUCCUUAGAUGUUUCCGAUGAAAUUCAAGAUGUUUUAGAAUCUGAAAAGGACUAGUAUAAAAUAGUAAGUUUUUAUUGUAUGCACAUAAUUAAGGAAACUCCUUUUGCUAAGUUUAUAGAGUGGUUAAAAUAAGGAAUAUUACAUUAUAAAUAAUAAGUAUGACAGAUUUGCGAAAAAGUAAAAUAUCUGUUGGAUAAUAUUUCCUAAAAUACUUUUUGUUGUGAUAUUGCUAAUAGCUUUUUGAUCGUUAUUUGUUAAAGUAUCAAUAUCAAUAUUAGCAUUUUUUUUAUUUAAUCUCCAGUUAUUCAUAAACAGAACAGUGUAAAGUCUAGACAUAGUCGAAUGAUAUGAUGUAUAAAUGUAUUGGUCACAUUUCUUCAUAAUGUUUAUUAUGAAUAACAAUUAAAUUUCAUAACUAUUUUCUAAUUUUUACACAAUUUCCACUUACCAUUAAGGGCGCUAACAUGCUUUUAAUACGGUACUCGAAACUACCUACCAACUUGUAUUAUGGAUUCUGAGUAUAAGUUUUCAAGUUUUGAAAAACCGGCCAAGUGCGAGUCAGACUCGCGCACCGAGGGUUCCGUACUCAGGUAUUUUUCCCAACAUUUUGCACGAUAAAUCAAAAACUAUUUUGCAUAAA